AAGUCAACGACAGCCAACACAAGCCUCGCAGUCGCAGGAGGGGAGCGGCAUCCGCUCAUCUCCGUCGUUUUCUGGUGUUCGAGCUGCUGUUGAAGCCUUCGUUUGAUAAUCCACAACGAUGUCCGACUACGACUUGGUGACGAAAGCUCCACUAAAGCUUAAGAGUCCUUCUGGGAUUAAAAAGAAGAAGAAAAAGGACAAGGAUCUCAAGAAGGCUUUGGAACAUGUUAGCGUGACUUCACCAGAAGAACAACAGAAGCAACCGGUUGUCAAAGAAAUACACAGGACCAAUGCGGAGAAGGCAUUCUUAAAGAUGCAGGAGAAACGGCAAAUUGAAAGAAUCAUGGAAAAAGCAUCGAAGACGCACAAGCAAAGGGUGGAGGAAUUCAACCGGCACUUGGACUCACUGACAGAGCAUUACGACAUUCCCAAAGUGAGCUGGACAAAAUAAGCAUCAUUCGCGUGGUUCUUGGCAGGACGUUUGCUUUCAAGGACAUUCAUCAAUUUGUGCUGCGGUGAACUGUGCUCAUCUCAAAGACUCGUGGUAACUAUAAGCAUGUACAUAGGCUGAAGGCAGUACCACACACGUGCAUUGUGUUCAGUCAGUUUACGCAAGUUGAAUCAUUGUGAAUUUUAGCACGUGAAUCUGUGUGUGGAGCCAUAAGACUUCCCAGCUGUAUAUUGGUAAAAAUAAAGUGGCCCUUCUGACAAGGAAA